ACGGACAAAAGAGGAAGCCGCAAGCGAGCAAAGCAUAACUAGGCUCAUAGCGCCGCAUCGCGUUCAAUUCGCAAAAUGGCGGAUGGCGGCGUGGAUAUAGAUUUGUACGCCGAUGAUAUUGAAUCCGAUUUUAAUCGACAGGACGACUUUGGAGGGGAAAAUGUGGAUUUGUAUGACGACGUAAUCGCAGCGCCGUCUAAGAACGAGGAUGGCGACGGGCCGCCCAACACUGGACCGCCGCAGCACCAGCAUCCACCGGAGGAAACGAACGGUUCGGUUCCUUACCAUCACAACGCUCCCAAUCACGGCCAUCAUGGCCGACGCUUCCAACUUUACGUCGGCAACCUCACUUGGUGGGCGACAGAUCAAGACAUAGCUAACGCGGUCGCCGAAAUUGGCGUUACGGACUUUCAAGACGUGAAGUUCUUCGAGAACAGGGCAAAUGGACAGUCGAAGGGAUUCUGCGUCAUAUCGCUGGGUUCCGACCAGUCCACGAGGAUGGUCCUCGAUCGACUGUCCAAGAAGGAAAUCCACGGUCAGCACCCCGUUAUAACGCUGCCCACUAAACAGGCGUUGAAUCAAUUUGAGAGUCAGUCGAAGACAAGGUCAACGCCACCGGGGCCCAAUGGCCCCGGCAUGAGAGGACCGCAUCCUGGUGGUCCACCCGGACCGCAUCCUGGAGAAUUCUUUGGAGGUGGGCCCAAUGGACCAGGUCCAAAUGGCCCGCGCAUGAUGAUGCCUGGGCCAGGGCCCCAUCAUCAGCUACGAGGGCCUCCGCCAGGGCCGCACGGCCCCCCUCCGCACCACAUGCCACAACACCAGGGCCCUCCACCACAUCAUAUGCCUCCGCAUCAGGGCCCUCCGCCGCACCAGGGUCCCCCUCAACAUAGACCGCCGAUGCAGUUCCAAGGACCGCCGCAAAUGCAACGCGCUCCCGGAGGUCCCCCAGGUGUCCCGCGUGGAGGCCCCGAUUGGCCUAGGCCCCAUCACAUGCCAGCCCCCGCUCCGCAGUACGGCCCCCCGCAACACCAGAUGCCGCAUCAAAUGCCCCCGCCGUCGUCGCAUGCAAAUGCGCCCGGUCGACCGGGUCCAGGCGGCGAUUGGAGCGACCCCGAUAUGUCCCGGCCGCACAUGCCGCCGCACGCACACGGCCCCCCACCGCACCACGGGCCGCACCAUAUGCCUGCGCUUUCGCCGCGUGCGCCUCCCGGGCAAGGCAUGCCGCCGCCUCAUCAUCAGCUGCCACCGCACCAGCAAGGUCCACCCCGAGGCCCCGCACCGCUACCACAACAUCCAGGUGGAGCUCCAGCGCCGCACGUGAACCCAGCGUUCUUUAACCAACAGCCACCAGUGCAGUCCGCGCCGGCCGUGCAGCCACCUCCGCAACCCGCACCGCCCGGACCAGGGGCUCCAUACGGUCAUCCAGCUCACGGAGUUCCGCCGCCUGCACAGGGCCCGCCGCCAGGGGCCCGCCAACCGUACGGAAGACCACCAACAAGCUACCCCGGUGGCGCAGAAGCACGUCCACCCCACCACGCCGCCCCGUUGGGACCGCACGCAGCCCCGCACGCGGCGCACCCCGCCCACCCCGUGCACCCGCCGCACCCCGUCAUCAGCGAAGCGGAGUUCGAGGAGGUGAUGGGCCGCAACCGUACCGUGUCGUCGAGCGCGAUUGCGCGCGCAGUCAGCGACGCGGCGGCCGGCGAGUACGCGUCCGCCAUCGAGACGCUGGUCACCGCCAUCUCGCUGAUCAAGCAGAGCAAGGUCGCACAUGAUGAUAGGUGCAAGAUACUGAUCUCUUCGCUCCAAGAUACUUUACACGGCGUUGAGACUAAGUCGUAUGGGGGAGAGAGACGGCGAUCGCGUUCGAGGGAGAGGGAUGCAAGAGCACAUCACCGUGCCCCGAGAAGGAGGGAACGGUCCGCGUCACGCUAUAGGGACAGGUCGCGUGAAAGAGAAGAUCGGGAUAGGUACAGGGAAAGGUCGAGGGAGCGUGAUCGUGAACGCGACCGUGAUGCAUACUACAGGGACUACCGUGAGAGGGAACGUGAUAGGUCCAGGUCUAGGGAGCGAGAACGUGCGGAACAUUACAACAGGGGACACAGCCGGACGGAGGAGAGUAGGCCACGCAAGUCGAGCCCUGUAGAGCCAGCGGUAGAGAGCAGUGCGGGUGACACCAGCACUAGCAAGAGCAGGACGGCGGCGGCGCCGUACUACGACGAGCGUUACCGCGAGCGAAGGGAGCGGGACCCGCCACCCGCGGACAGGGACCGUGACCGCGACCGCGAACAUCGCCGGGACGCCAGGCACUAGCUACAUACACCAGCACCACUAGCACAAUAGUGACCAGUACGCGUAGCAUAGGCAGGAGACAAAAAUCGUAUCACCCGAUUAUUAUAUCCACUGACAAGGAAAAAAAUAAAUUUUCAAGGCAUAGAAACAGGGGAAAAGGAGAACGUUGCCCCGUUUGAUAUUAUUUACAGCCAUGCAUCAUUUUCAGAGAGCGGAUAAAACUUUGGUUAUUUUGUCCUUUCCCAGUCAAGAAAAUGUCUCCAGCAUGCUAGCCGUGUAGUGCCUCUAGUGUAACUUAUCAAAUAAAUAAACCUAACUUUGUAGUGACGUAAAGCUAUCUAAAUUUAUUGGAGCUGAUAAUUUUGACUAUACAAAAGGACGAAAUGAUAACUGUGCUGGAAAUGUGCUGGCGCAACUUUACUCCAUAGUUAAGUACUUUAACUUGAAAAGUUACACUUGGGGCUUAGAACAUUCGUGCUAACAGUCUGCAUACUGUAUUCACAUUAUCAUUUUCAAUAAUGGCUUAUUAUAAAAAGGGGUUUUGGAUAAUUUUUGUAAAAAGUGGCAUGAUAUUAAAGUUUAACGCCAGAUUAAAGAAUAACAUAAAUGUCUUAUUGUGUUAUUUUUUAUAAAAAUAAAACGAGGCCACGGACUUAUACAAAUUAUGCAAUUUUACCCAAACUUCUUUGUAGAUCACUUAAGCCACUUCAAAGUCACGUCGCGUAAAUGUAUGAUCCUAAUAUGCGUGUUUUAAAAAUCCUAUGAACAAAGGUAUAUAUCUUACAUGAAAAUGUAUGUAAUAAUUUACAUAAUUACUAAAAUUAUUUUCGUUAGAUUUAAUAAUAAUUCAAAGUGGUGAUGUACAAACAAUUGCAAUAAUUUUGUCGGUGUCUAGGGAACUACUAAGCUGUUAUUUCAUAUCAUAGAUUCAUAAUAAAGUGGUUUAACGUUAUCUGUUGCUCUUAUUCAACGUUUAUAAAAAGAUAAAAUUCUUGACACAAUUUAUUUAUCAUAACGAUGUAACAAGACAGUAAGCCUAGACGCAAAUCACAUAAUUUUUAUCACGUAGCAGUAUAAAAACUUGUGCAUACCUGAAAAGUUAUACUUAUUUGACAAUAUCAAUAUAUCAGUUCAUAAGAAAUAUUAAAAAAAGGAUUCCGUGAUGACCAGAUCUAUAUAAUAGUAUUUAGGAUGUAAUUUUUUUUCUUUGUUCUUAUGUAUGGAAGUUUCCUUUUUUGAACUAAAAAGGGGCUACCACACUUUCGCGUCCAAACAUUAUUCCUGGUAUGUAUAACUUCUAAAAUCGUACAUAAUGUUUUGGUCGGUUAUAUAAUAUGGACAGAUUUUGAACUGCACCUAAUAAAACUAAAUUAAAAAGUUACCUGGCAUAGUUAUUGUGUUAAGCACCAUCAAAAGGUCUGGCAGUUGGAAUGUGUUUGGACGUAAUAAAAAGUUAAUUGUUGGAUUAAUAACACUUUUGGGUAAUAUUUUGAUAUCGUUAUCCAAUUUUUCUUACGUCAUUUGACAGACUUAGACGUAACCCUUCUAGGAUUAUAGAUAGUUUUGAAUAUAUGUUAAAAUUCCCGUUGUCUCUACACUUUACUAUGUAAAUCUGGUAAUCAUGGGCUCUUGGUUCAUAAUAGUUUCAUAUAAUUUAAUUAUGAACAUUCCAACGUUUUGAGGUUAAUUUUAACCUUGUCUUAACCUUAACACCAAAUCUAUUAGGUAUAUUAUUUGUGUUGAAAACUUUAUAUAAUUUCAUAGACAUUAUGUUAAUCUAUGUUUUAUUUGAGUAUGUACACUGGUAUUUAAUAGGAGUUUGAUAAAAUAGGUAGAUGUUAGUUAGUUUGCUCUAGUAAGUAAGAAUUUCUCGUAUGGAAAUGUUCCAUAUAAAUUGACACUGAUUUUUAGGAUUACUUCCUCAAUAAAAGAAAUUGAUGUAUAAUUUUAA